ACAGUUAAAUAGUCAUCUAUUGAACAUUUUAGAAAGUUCAAAUCAAAGUUCAGCUCAUUACGAAGCCUUAAACAUAUUGGUCGAGUUAUAUAGUAAAUAUGGACUUUUAUUAAAACCGGCGCACAUAAAUUCCGUUAAGGUUCUUCUUUCAGCCCUAAAAACGCAGAUUGCUGUGAACCAGAAUCGAGUGAUUUGUGCAUUUGGUGCGUUAAGCCCUUUUCUUUCAGACACGUUGUUUUAUGAGAUUAUAGAGGAUUCUAUUCUUCCAGGGAUGAAAGCGGAUAACAAUAAUUUUAUGAAGAUUUUUAUAAAACUUUUGACUAUAAUUGCCUACAAAACGGACGAUCAACUUUACCCUCAUGUCCCACGCGUAGCCUUGCUUAUUAUAAGUUUACUUGAAGAUUUGAACGCACCAAAUUCUGAAGAAGGUGAAGAAUUUCUUGUAGAUUCCAUUCUGUGUUUAAACGCGCUUUUUCGAAAAUGCCCCAAUCAGAUGUCUCCGUUUGUUAAGGAGGUUAUCAGGAUUGGCGUUCAGUAUAUUUCAUACGAUCCAACUUUUGGGGAAUCCGAAGUUGAGCUAAGCUCCACCGAUUCUGAGCACGAAGAUGAUGAGGAAACUUUUAGUGAAAACGAUGACCAAUCCUAUAAAGUCCGACUGGCUUGCAGUCAACUGCUUAGCUGCAUUUUUAGCUACGCUGAACACGUGAAAAAGGCUUCCUUGCCGACGCUUGAAAAGGAAGCCUUCAGACAAAAGCGGACUCGCCUUUCUGAUGAAGAUAACUUUUCGUUCGUUGCUGGGCUCGAUUCGGUGGUCCUCUGCUGCGCCAAUAGAAUUCAAUAUGAAUACGAGCAAUUGGUUUUCACUGCAGUUUGUGAGCUUGCUGUGGCCGUGGUGAGUUUUAUUCGGACGUGUCGUGGCAGCGUUGAUAUUUUUUCGCCGCUUAUUGGACCGCUGAUUAAAAAGUUGAGGCGCAGCAAGGAAGCCGUGCUUUCCGCUUGCUUAAAAGUUUUAACUGAACUCAGCAAGUCACAAUUUUCUUGCUUGGCUGGCGAGCGCGUGUUGUUGGCCGAAGCGCUUUCUUGCAUACUAUUGGCUCCCAAAUCCACUCCCGUCCUGAAGCGUUCUGUUGUUUCAAUGGUCAAUAAUUUCAUAGUUCAUCAGGGUUUGGAAAACAGCAAUUACAUGUGCUUCCGGGUCUAUCAGCCAAUCUGUGAAGCGUCACUCGAAGUGCACUCGAAUAUUCUCAGCGAUUCAUUGGAACUCUUCAUUACACUAGUUCCCUUGGUCGCUUCUUCGGUUGCGAUAGGCUCUAAUGCUGAAGAUGUUGGUGCAUUGGCCAAUUAUCUUCACGAUUGGGCCGUUUCUAUUUUUUCAAGUGAAAAUAGUGAACUCUCAGUUAAAGGAAAAUCUUUAUGUUUAUUGUCUUUGAUACAAACAUAUCUCGGCGCUUUUCUUGAUGCCCUUAAAAACGAGUUUGUGGUUGAAACGUUGAUGGCUUCUUUGCGUAGUGAAAGUUUUCGUUUUGUAGCCCUUGAAGGCUUUGAACGUAUUGCCGUUUCACCCAACUCUUCUUGUUUUACUAGAACCGUAUCCCCUUUACUUCUCGCUAUCGCUGAGCUUUUUAAAGAGGCCGGAACACCUCGUGCAAGUGCUCUUAAGACCGUACGAACUUUUUUAUCAAAUUCUCUGUUAUUGGUGGACGAGGAGACAAUUCUCAAGCUUAUUGAACACGUGACACCAACGUUGGACGUAUCGGAUGCGCAGGAAUUUUAUAAUAUUUUAUUUAUAUCUUAA